UUUCACUUUCCCGUCGGAUUUAUUUUCACGUGGCGCCACAAUACCUUUAGCAUCUGUAGCAGUACAUUUCGUGAAAAACUGAAGAUAAGGCGUUCUAUUUUGUUUCAUCUAUGCCACUUAAGGAUCAGUCCAACUCGACCGUGAUGAUGAAGCCCGCAGUGGAUGAGAUGUUCCCGGAGGGCGCGGGGCCGUACGUGGAUCUGGACGAGGCUGGGGGAAGCACAGGACUGCUGAUGGACCUGGCUGCCAAUGAAAAGGCAGUUCAUUCUGACUUCUUCAAUGAUUUUGAGGAUCUGUUCGAUGAUGAUGACAUCUAGUGACUUGAUGUCUCCAGAGUAAAGAUGGAUGAUAUUUGCACCUCUCUGCACCUUUUUUUCCCCUCAACCUUUUUUUUUUGUGUGGAAGCAAACCAUCUAUUUUCUGUCUAAUGACAUACAAUUUCCUUUCAUAGUCGUUCUAGUUUCAGGCUUUUUAAAACAUCCUUAAAAAGUCGACAGCAGCUCCAGAUGUUGUGAAAUUCUUAAGAUCCCAAGGAUUCCUUUAUACAUGGUAUGUUUAAAUUAUGAGCUUGUAUCCUGCUCAUGUCUCAGACUGCUUCUAAACUGGAUUGCAGGUUUCAGUGAGCGAGAGAACACCUGUUAGGAGAGUAAUUAUACAUGUGAUGGGCAUGCUGUCGCCCUUAAGCAUGCUGCAGGUGGCAUAUGAUAGAUGAUGGUCUGUUACAAUCACUUAAGCUAUUUGUAUGACAGUGUGUGAUAGACUUACAUUCUGCAGUGGGCCAUGUUGUGUCAUUUGUACAUAUGUGUACAGUAGUUAUAGAGCCAUAAUUGUAUUUUUGUGACAGAUUCUUUAUGUGAGACUGAUUUAAGUUAAUAAAUAAUAUUUUCUAUUUAUGAAGAA